AUGGAUAGUUUUCGUUGGCUUUUGUUGCUGCUGCUAUUAGGAGCUUUUUCCAUUGUUCGUCUUGUUCGAGCUCAAGAUCAACAAGGGUUCAUCAGUUUGGAUUGUGGGUUGCCCAUAACUGAGCUGUCUCCUUAUACUGAGCCAUUUACCGAACUACGGUUCUCGUCUGAUGCUACGUUCAUCAAGACAGGUAAAUCUGGUAAAAUCCAGGCAAAUCUGGUGGAUGAGUACCUGAAGCCCUACACGAGCCUCAGAUAUUUUCCAGAAGAGAGAAGGAACUGUUAUAGUCUGAGUGUUGACAAGAACAGAAAGUAUUUAAUCAGGGCUGGUUUCGUGUAUGGGAAUUACGAUGGUCUUAACUCUAACCCGGAGUUUGAUCUGCAUCUAGGCCCUAAUCUGUGGGCAACAAUAGAUUUCCACAAUUUUGUGAAUGGUACAAUGGUUGAGAUCAUUCACACCACAACAUCAAACUUGCUACAGGUUUGUCUUGUUAAGACAGGGACAACUACACCUCUGAUCUCAGCCUUGGAGUUACGGCCAUUGGACAAUGAUUCUUAUUCCACAAAGUCGGAUUCUCUGAGACUUUUCGCUCGAAUAUAUCUCAACGAGACAGAAGGCUAUCUACGGUACCCUGAUGAUGCUUAUGAUCGUAGAUGGCUUAAUUUCUUUUUGAAGAGUUGGUCACAGAUUUCUACUACUCUGGAAGUGAGCAAUGAUAACGAUUAUGAUCCACCUAAAAAGGCGCUUGCAGCGGCUGCUACGCCAUCCAAUGCUAGUGGGCCGUUGACAAUCAGUUGGACACCCGCUAAUCCUGGUGACCAGUAUUACUUGUACAGCCACUUCGCUGAGAUACAAGAUUUACAGGACAAUGAUACUAGGGAGUUUGACUUGUUAUGGAACGGAGUUGUUAGUACUGAAACUAUCAUUCCUUCAAAGUUAGAGAUAAAUACUCUCCUGGAUACUCCUCCGGAGACUUGCGGAGACGAGAGAUGCAGGUACCAGCUAAUAAAAACCUCAAGAUCAACUCUUCCUCCUCUACUUAACGCUCUUGAGAUCUACACGGUUAUCAAGUUUCCACAAUCGGAGACAAAUGAAAAUGACGGUAUGUUACUUAUUUUGAUCACUUUUAUGCAGAUAACAUAUUUCUUUGUCUUGAUGCUCUUUACAUCAGUGGUUGCUAUCAAGAACAUUGAAGGUGCCUAUGAAUUGAGCAGAAUCACGUGGCAAGGAGAUCCUUGCGUUCCUCAACAGUACGCAUGGGAUGGGUUGAACUGUAGUAACACCGAAAGUUCUACACCUCCAAGAAUUACAUCCUUAAACUUGUCUUCAGCCGGGUUAACUGGAACCAUAGCAGCAGCUAUUCAAAACCUUACAAAACUAGAAAAACUAGACUUGUCAAAUAACAAAUUGACUGGCGUGUUGCCUGAGUUUCUUGUCCAGAUGAAGUCUUUGGUGAACAUAAAUUUAAGCGGGAACGAUCUUUAUGGUCACAUUCCUCAAGCUCUUCGAAGAAAGGGAUUAGAGUUACUAGUUGAUGGAAACCCAAGGCUUUGUCUCUCUGGUUCAUGCAUAAAAGACUCCAACAAGAAACUUAUAGUGAUAGUUGUUGUAUCAGUUGCUGCUUUGGUCAUAAGCGUUGUUGUGUUGGUUCUUGUUUUAGUUCUCAAAAAGAAAAAGUCGUCGUCAGUGGAAGCUCUACAGCUUCCACCGAGUACGCCAAUGGUGAAUGAUGCAUAUGCGAAUUCAUCUGAACCAUCAAUCGAGAUGAAAAAGAGAAGGUUUACUUAUUCAGAGGUUAUGAAAAUGACCAAUAAUUUCCAAAGAGUUGUAGGGGAAGGCGGAUUCGGUGUUGUGUCUCAUGGUACACUAAAUGGUUCCGAACAAGUAGCUGUUAAAAUACUCUCUCAAUCAUCAAGUCAAGGCUAUAAGCAUUUUAAGGCAGAGAUCGAUCUUCUUCUACGAGUUCACCACACAAAUUUGGUGAGCCUUGUUGGAUAUUGUGAUGAAGGAGAUCACUUGGCUCUUAUAUAUGAGUUUAUGCCAAAUGGAGACUUAAGACAACAUCUAUCUGGAAAACGUGGUGGCUCUUUUAGCAGCUGGGCCAAUCGGCUACGAAUAGCUCUGGAGGCUGCACUAGGAUUGGAAUAUUUACAUUUUGGAUGCACACCGCCUAUUGUACAUAGAGAUAUCAAAACUACAAACAUAUUGCUGGACGAACAGUUAAAGGCCAAGCUCGCCGAUUUUGGCCUUUCGAGAUCUUUCCCUGUUGGAGGUGAAACCCAUGUUUCAACUGUUGUUGCUGGUACACCUGGAUACCUUGAUCCAGAAUAUUAUAGAACGAGUCGGCUGGGUGAGAAAAGUGAUGUGUACAGCUUCGGAAUUGUGUUAUUGGAGAUGAUCACAAACCAGCCCGUGAUUGACCAAUCCCGUCAAAAGUCUCACAUAACACAAUGGGUUGGGUUUAUGCUUAACCGGGGAGAUAUUACUAAGAUCAUGGAUCCAAACCUACACAAGGACUACGAGUCUCGUUCUGUUUGGAGGGCUAUCGAACUGGCAAUGUCGUGUGUGAAUCCUUCUUCGGUGAACAGACCGAACAUGUCCCAAGUUGCUAAUGAACUGAAAGAGUGUCUUGUACCUGAAAAAUCUAAGAAUAUGGAUUCUCAGAGUUCUCAUGAAGUGAGCAUGAGCUUUGACACUGGGAUACUUCCCAGGGCAAGAUAG